UUGUCGUUUACAUCACGCAAAGAGGCGGGCUCAGGGAUGCUUCUUGAAAAACCAUCGUAACGGCCUGUUUACCUUCGUUUCUGAAUUAGUUUUGUGGCACUAAAUAUACCAGUUUUUACCCCUUUCCUGUCGUUGAUUAACGGUGGUCAGUGCAAACAAAAAUGGAUGCACGAAAACAAUGUAGAUAUUCAGCUGAUUCUUGGAUGAGAAUAAUUGAAUUUUUAUAUGCAGUAUGAAAUUCUUCUUAAGACUCAAAUAUGCCAGCUGGGGAGAGUGAAGCCAGAACAAAGACAAAGGCCAGAUUUGAUGAAGUGCUGAAGAGGUACACUGAUGCUCCUGCAGAGAAAAAGAAAUCAAAGAAGAAGAGCGUCCAACCAGAAGAGAGUAUAGCGCUUGAAACCUUGAAGAAAAACCUUGGCCUUAACAAAGGUGCAGAAGAUGACGAGACCAUCCUCAAGAACACGUACCAGCCCGAUCAGAGCAGUCCACGCUACAUCAAGAACAGGCUGCGGGAGAAGGAAUUGUCCGAGAAGGUCAACAACGAAAGUGAGGUGCCAGAGGGCGGUAAAUUAUCCCAGGGCAGGAAGAAGGGCACAAGGGAUCUUCCAGUACUCUCGCCUGAAGGUGAUGUCUCCCACUCCAACACCCGGGCUGACGAGGACGCAUCCAGGUCCACCCGGGUGGCCGUUCUGAAAGCCGUUCCGGAAGGAGAGGAAGCCAGAAGGAGGAGAGCGGGGAAUGCAAAGAAGGAAGGGAAAAGGAAGGGAAAGCGGGAGGAUGGAGCGCGGGAACGGGAGGUGGAGGCAGACGACGAGCUCCUCCAGGAGUACCAGCAGCAGAUUGCCCGGGAGGAACAGCGAGCCGGGAAGCCGACGUCGAGCAAAAAGCCUCCUGCCAGGAGGAGUAGCCUGGAGCAGGAGGUGGCUUUGAACAAUGACACUGAAAGGAAGAAGAUGAAGAAGAAGAAGAAGAAGCUGAGAUCACAGGAGACCGAGGGGGAUGCAGGAUCAGGGCUGGAGACCCAACCAGAGGAUGCUUCCAGGAAGCACCUGACCAAACAGGUGAUGGUUUCCUCAGACACAGAGAGAGAGGAAUCGAGGGAACAAGCGAUAAAUGAGGAAGAGCAGACGGAGAAAACGAAAAAGAGGAAAACCAAGGCACUUUCAGAGGUGAUAGUGGCAAGGAAAAACCCCCUAGUGCGAAGAAACUUUGGGAGGAGCCAGACUCAGACUGUGAUAGAGGACAGUGAGGUAGAGAACAAGGAGCCCCCUAAGCCCGUUUUCGACGACAGCCUUGUGCUGGGGGUCUACGUCCACAGGACAGACCAACUGAAGACUGACCUGCUGGUGUCACAUCCCAUGGUGAAGGUCCACGUUAUUGAUGAGGUCACUGGGAAAUAUGCAAAAAAGGAAGACAGCCAUCGCCCAGUCUCGUCCUUUUACGAGCAGGAGAAGGUGGAACAUGUUCUGCCCAUCAUGACCCAACCGUACGACUUCAAGAAAAACAAAUCAACAAUUCCGGAGUGGGAGGAACAAAUCAUCUUCAACGAGCGUUUCGGGUACUUCCUCCAGGAUGACAACGAAAGUCCGAGAGUAAUACUGUUUUUUGAGGUCCUUGAUUUCAUAAGUAUGGAUGAAGCCAGGGCCAACGUUGUAGUAGAUGAGCAUGAACGGGGUUUCCGGAAAAUCGCUUGGGCAUUUCUCAAGCUUGUGGGAACGAAUGGGGUCCUGAACGUGGACAGUAAGCUCCGCCUCCAGCUCUACUGCCCCCCUCCCAGGGUGAAGAAACAGUCCCACGGCGUGGAAGUGAUUGAGUGGUGGAGGAAGUACCCCAGGAGCAGAUAUGCGUCUACACUGUAUGUCACCGUAAAAGGCCUCAAACUUCCUGAACACGUGGACCCCAGUGUCCGCUCCAUGACGGCCUUGCAGCAGGAGAGAGGUACCACCUUGUUCGGUGACCCCCACAAUGAUGUCGCCCAGAAAAGCAGCACCCAGCUGCUUGAAGAUCAAGCUGACAUUGUAAAGUGGAGCAGGGUGCCGGGACAGGUCUGUCGCAUUCCCAACAAGCCCAUGCUGUCCUUCCGCGGGGGUCAGAUGGGUUGUUUCAUGCUGCGCUUCUCCCAUGCUGGCCGGAGGCUUGCUGCCGCCUGCACGGAUAGGGACGCCUUCCCCGUUGUAGUUUACGAGAUUCCGUCGGGCAAGGUCCUGGCCGCUUUCAAUGGGCACCUCAGCAUCGUGUACGAUGUCUGCUGGUCCAGGGAUGACCAAAGCCUUUUGUCUGCUUCUUCUGACGGAACCGUCAGAAUUUGGAAUAUGGAGAGGCUUCGUGGUGUGGCCAAGAAGGUUCUGCCGCAUCCUUCCUUUGUGUACUCUGCCCAGUUUCACCCUGUUGGCCAGAACCUUGUGGUAACUGGAGGCUACGACUGUCUCAUCCGUGUGUGGAACAUAAAUGUUCAAGACGUCAACGGUCAAUUGCUACAUGAGUUUGAGGGGCACAAGACAUUCAUUAAUGCCUUGUGUUUCGACGCAGAAGGGCUGCGGUUGUUUUCAGCAGACAGCGCUGGCUUGCUCAUCGUGUGGAACAUGCCGGUUGGUGAUGGCUCCUAUCAGCAUCCGACACGACUCUGGAACAUCGAGAGGGAGAUAAUGGAGAGUGAUCUCAAGGGAAUUGCCAUUAACGGACUGGAGGUCCACCCAAAUGGGCGUCGCCUCCUGAUCCAUGCCAGAGACAGUGUUCUGAGGGUCAUGGACCUCCGAAUACUGGCAGUAAAGAAGUACACAGGUGCCACAAACUACAGAGAGAGGAUCCGCAGUACUUUCUCUCCCUGUGGAAGCUUUAUCUUCUCAGGAAGUGAAGACGGCAUGGCUUACGUGUGGAAUGCAGAGACAGGGGACCAGGUGGCUGUGUAUUCUGAGCUUUGUUACCCCACCCCCGUCCGAAAUGUAGCUUUCCACCCACAUGAAAACAUGGUCGCCUUCUGUGCCUUUGGGGAAAGCCAGCCCGUGCAUGUCUACAUCUACGACCGCAAAGUUGCUCAAAUGGAGGUGGGGAGAUUGAAAGGGCUGAAUCGGAGUGGGACAGCUGACAGGAACACGCUCAGGGAUGUGGCGGACCUGCCGGGUCUGAUGGACCCCACCCCAUCUGCCCUGGAUCGAUUGGCCAGCACCACACGCAUCACCCUGAAGAUGCAGCACGUUAAGCAAAAGCUCGAUUCUGUGCUGAAUUCACAUCAAAAUCCUUCAGCUUUGGACUUCUACGAGCAAGGGGGAGUUUCUGCCAAGGGGAGGAAAUCGCUUCCGGAAAGCAGCCUUCGCUUUAACGCGCUGAGCUCAGAUCUCUCAUUUCCGGCCCCAUCUUUGCUGUCCCCUCACUCCAAGUUGCGAGCGUCUGGGCCUUCUCUCAUUUUGCACCCACCUCUGGCCACCAGCACUCGGGGUUUUAGCCCCGUAGGUCAACGUUUGAGCCAGCCGCUAUCUCAAAGGCUCCAGACGAGCUUUGAUCGUCCGUCCUCUUCUCUGCAUGCCGAGGCCGAUUCUUCCAUACCAGUGCAGCAGAUGGUCGUCUUGCUUUAUGACUACACUGCCAAUCGAUCGGAUGAGCUGACUGUGUCCCGUGGUGAUGUUAUCCAAGUUCUCUAUAAAGAUAAUGAAAGCUGGUGGUUCGGGUGCCUGGCCGAUGGACGGCAGGGCUACUUCCCGGCCAACUAUGUGGUCGACCAAAGCGAUUUUGAAGAGGAUCCGAACAGAGCUGUAGAAUCGGACUCUUCUGUGUCAGAUCGGCUGAACCAAUCAGCUGAAAAAUCGCCCCAGGCAAAGAGCAACUACUUACUGCAGUGUAAAUCUGAGAAACGAAACUGUGAAGGUAAUGACAAAAAUCAACUAUUUUGUCCAAACAGCUGAAUUUCUCUGCUGAAAAUAUCCCUUAAAACCUGCAAAAACUUAAUUUUUUUUAGAUUCUACCAUAUAUUGUAAAGUGAAACUUAAGUAUUCAGAAAAAUCUCAUCUAAAGAUUUUUGAGGGCUACCCACAAAUGGGUAUUUUCUACGGCUUGAAUCAUUGUCAAAGUGAUACAUAAACUUUAUUGUCCCUUUACUUUUGGCAUGCUUAAAUUUCACACCUCAGUGAAAGGAGGCUGAAUUGUUUCGUCAUACCGUCAUACAGUGAUUUUCCUAGUCUCGUGGGCUAAAUUGAUGUGUGUAGCCUACAUCUACGCCAUGGUUAUUGCGCCUUUUAUAUACGAGUAUGGCCUCUUGCCUGCUGUUCCACUGGUACGAACAGAAAUAAUUAAAAAUCACAAAGCAGCCAAGCACGGCAUGCGAAUGCUGAGCCUUAUUAUUCAUUUGGAUCUUAAGUAAGCUGUAAACUGCAAAUGUUUCAUUGUUGUUCUUAAGAGUCUCCAUGACAUUAUCUCCAGACACCUUGCACGGUGAGAAAAUGCAGUGACACUCUUGUUCGUAGCAGAAGUGUGAUUAACAUGGUUUGCACAGUUAUGUUACCCAGCUAACUCACACCCAUAUAAUGGGAAGUAAAUGCAUUACUUUUAAGAUUGCUUAUGGGGUAAAGAGCAGAUAUUUUGCUACAUGAAAACCUUAAGGCCCCAAAUAUGUUAAUUUUUUUUUAAUGACAUACUGUAGAAUAAACAUAUUAGUGAAGCAUAAAUAUUGCCUAUUUUCAUUGCUAGCUGGCAGACUUCACUUAUUUACAGAGUUGGUGUAUCCAAAAAUAUAUUUAUUUUUUAAUAUGUACAAUUAAAAUUUAUCUUGUACUGGAGAAAAAGAAGUCUGUCCUUACUGCAUCUUUCCUUUUUUGUUUGUCCUCUUUUUGCUGUUUUCUGUUACAGACGUUUGUGCUCAGCAGUUACCCUUUUGUUGUACUUCGUUUAUUGUGU